AACUUCAAGUCAAAUGUAAAUGUUCUGAUUCGUUCCUUAACUUCUUUCAUUUACUUGUGGACAGAUUCAUGGCAAGAAAAUGCGAAGAAGGACGUGCCGUGGGAAUAGACCUUGGUACAACGUAUUCAUGUGUUGCAGUAUGGCAGGAACAACACUCUCGUGUUGAAAUCAUUCACAACGAUCAGGGCAACAGAACAACACCUUCUUGUGUUGCUUUCACUGAAGAUCAAAGGUUUAUUGGUGAUGCUGCUAAAAAUCAAGCUGCUGCUAACUCUCAAAACACUGUCUUUGAUGCUAAGAGAUUAAUUGGUAGGAAGUUUAGUGAUCCUAUUGUUCUGGAUGAUGCAUUAUUAUGGCCGUUCAAGGUCACUGCUGGUGUCAAUGACAAACCAAUAAUUACUGUUAACUACAAAGGCCAGGAGAAGCAGCUAUGUGCUGAAGAAGUAUCAUCUAUGGUACUAACAAAGAUGCGAGAAAUUGCUGAGGCAUAUUUAGAAUCACCGGUAAAGAAUGCUGUUGUUACUGUACCUGCUUAUUUUAGUGAUUCUCAGCGAAAAGCAACGAUAGAUGCUGGCUCAAUUGCUGGUCUCAAUGUUAUGAGGGUAAUGAAUGAACCCACUGCUGCAGCUGUUGCAUAUGGCCUUGAAAAGAGAGCUGAUUGUGUUGGAGAAAGAAACAUUUUUGUGUUUGAUCUUGGUGGUGGCACUUUUGACGUUUCUAUCCUAACUAUUAAGGAUAACAUCUUCCAAGUUAAGGCCACUGCUGGAAACACUCACCUUGGAGGAGAGGAUUUUGAUAAUAGAAUGGUAAACUACUUUGCACAGGAGUUCAAGAGAAAGAACAAAUUGGAUAUUAGUGCAAGUUCAAAAGCCUUGAGGAGAUUGAGAACUGCUUGUGAGAGGGCAAAAAGAAUACUUUCGUUUCUUGUUGUUGCAACUAUUGAGGUAGAUUCUUUAUUUCAAGGCAUUGAUUUUUCUUCAUCCAUCAAUCGGGCAAAGUUUGAGGAAUUGAAUUUAGAUCUUCUUAAUGAUUGUAUAAAGACUGUUGAGAGUUGUAUUAUGGAUGCAAAGAUGGACAAGAGUACUAUAGAUGAUUUUGUACUUGUUGGUGGAUCUUCUAGGAUUCCCAAAGUCCAACAGCUAUUACAGGACUUUUUCAACGGGAAGGAAUUGUGCAAGAGCAUUAACCCUGACGAGGCUGUUGCUUAUGGGGCAGCUGUUCAAGCUGCUUUGUUGAGUAAAGAUGUUAAGAAUGUUCCAAAUUUGGUGUUGCAGGAUGUUACUCCUUUGUCCAUUGGUAGGUCAAUAAUAGGGGAUGUCAUGAGUGUGGUGAUUCCAAGGAACACUUGCAUUCCUGUGAAGAAGACACGAGAAUAUUUUACAGUUGAAGAUAACCAAUCCAGUUCCUUGAUUAAGGUUUACGAGGGUGAGAGAACAAAAGCCAGUGACAACAAUUUGCUUGGUUCUUUUCGUCUUUCUGGUUUUCCCCCAGCUCCUCGUGGUUCCCCCUCUUCAGAUGUAUGUUUUGCUAUUGGUGAAAAUGGUAUUUUGACAGUUUCUGCUACGAAUAGUUCUUCUGGCAAUUCAAAUGAGAUUACAAUAACUAAUUACAAAGAAAGGUUGUCAAGUGAAGAAAUAAACAAAUUAAUUAAAGAGGCUGAGAAUUUUCAUAUUGAAGACCAGAGAUUCCUAAGGAAGGCCAAAGCAGUGAAUGCUUUGGAUGACUACAUUUACAAAAUGGGAAAUGCUUUAAAGAAAAAGGAUAUUGAUGUGAAGCUCUCUUCACAAGAAAUCGAGAAGAUCGAAUCUGCAAUUGCUGUGGCCACAAAUUUGCUUGAUGAGAAAAACCAGCAGGUUGAAAUAGAUGUUUUGGAGGAUUAUCUAAAGGGGAUUGAGAGUAGAAUGGAACAGAUUAUAGCCAAGACUAAUUAGUUUGUUUUCUCAAUUAAGAUUUUAAUUAUUGUCUUUCUGUUAUGUAAGGUUUGAUAAAAUUCAGCUAUUUAAAUCAAUGCAGGUAUUUUGGGAAUUAUGUGAUUAGUUUACAAAGCCAACAAAUAGGAAGGCUUCCAUUUCAGUGUUCUC